AUGCUGCGCCGCUCACCUGGCCACGUCUGCUCAUCGCUGUGCCCGCAGGUGCCGGGCUCUGUGCCAGGCACAGCUGGUCAAGGCACUGGGACAAAGAGGCUGCUCUACAUCUGGCGCCUUCUGAGCGUCACCGGGACCGCGCUGCCGCCCACGGCGGAGAAGAGUGGCUCGGGCCGCCGUCGCCAACCUGGGCAGUGGGCGGCCGCAGUUCCGGCCGAGCAGCCCCAGCCCAGUGGCCCUGGCCCUGGUAACACUUCCCUCCCAGUCCAAGGCCCGCUCACCGGGGCACCACGGCGGCGACCCCCGAGCGCCAGACACCGUAGUGGCCAGCAGAAGCGAAAACAAUGGCCGAGCCGGAAGCAAGAGAAGCCCCACUUCCGCCCCCCCCACCCGUGGGAUCCCGGAAGUCUCGAUCGAGAAGCUGGGCACGCGCGCCCCCGCAGCCAGAGAGCUGGUUGCACUUUGGUGGAAGAACCACGCACAGCGACGGGGUCGGGGAGAGGCCUGCAGGGGCGAUGCGCAUGCGCGCUACGGAGCGGCGAAGAGCCGGGCUGGAAGAGUGUGGAGUGUGGUGGGUCGAGCAGUCAGGGCACUGAGAGUUUUGCGGCCUCUGGAGCUGGUGAGCGGGGCGACAGUGGAGGCAGUGGGGGCUACUGUGCGGGUGCGGAGUUCCCCGGGGAGUGGCGGGUGAGGAUCGGCCUGGAGGCUGCGCCCUGGCAAGGAUCUGGCUUUGGAGAUCAACCAGCCCAGGUUCUUCGCUGCUCCUGGCGUCCGGGGCGCGAAUUUGAACUUCUUUCUGUCCCGCCACCCCUUUGGCCCCAGGGUCUCAACCCUGUCUUGGUACCCUUGUUGACUCUGCCCCUCAGGCUGCGAAUGUCCCUGAGCAGUAGAAGCUUGUCAUUCCAGGAGGCUGCAGAGUUGGAGUUUCUGUCUGUGAACUAUGCUCUGAAGAAGUGGAAAGGUACAGCGCUCAGCCAGAGAGCCCUGUACUGGAACAUCAUGCUGGAAAAUUGCUGCAGCCUGGCCCCAUUGGCAGGUGAAAACAGGAUGGCAAGUUCACAGUUGUCUCCGAAGCAGGACAUUUCUGAAGAGUCAAAGUCAGCUGACAGGACCUCAGGCAUACUUUGUAGACUGAUUCUUGGAGGACCAGAAGCUGGGACUGCCUGUGAGGAAGCUUUAGAAAAACUAAAAGUUCAACCCUCAGAUGAAGAAGGAACCAGACUAGAAAGUGAUUUCUUAGAGAUAACACAGGAGGAUAAAAAGAAAUCCACAAAGGAUCGAUGUGAUGAGUAUAAGAAACUUGGGGGACAUCCAGAUCUGUCCUCCGGUCUCUCAAAACAUCAGGGAGUUCUGAAGGGACAGAAAUUAUAUCAGUGUGAUGAAUGUGGCAAAGUUUUUAAUUGGAGUUCACACCUCAUUGGGCAUCAGAGAAUCCACACUGGAGAAAAACCAUAUGAGUGUACUGAGUGUGGCAAGACCUUUAGGCAGACCUCUCAGCUCAUUGUCCACCUCAGAAUCCAUACAGGGGAAAAACCUUAUGAAUGCAGUGAUUGCGGAAAGACCUAUCGCCACAGCUCCCAUCUCAUUCAACACCAGAGACUUCAUACUGGGGAGAAACCAUAUAAAUGUAAUGAAUGUGCAAAAGCUUUCAAUGAAAGUUCCAAACUCUUUGACCACCAGAGAACUCAUACUGGGGAAAAACCAUAUGGAUGCAAAGAGUGUGGAGCACUGUUUAGUCGGAGUAAAAGCCUUAUCCGCCAUCAGGUACUUCACACUGGUAAGAAACCUUACAAGUGUGAGGAGUGUGGGAAAGCUUUCUGUUCUAACAGAAAUCUUAUUGACCAUCAGAGAAUCCACACUGGGGAGAAGCCUUAUGAGUGUAAUGAAUGUGGCAAGGCCUUCAGUCAGAGUAAAUGUCUUACUCGACAUCAGAGUCUCCAUACCGGGAAAAAACCAUACAAAUGUAGCAAAUGUGUGAAAGCCUUCAGUCAGAUUUCUCAACUUGCUGACCAUGAGCGAAUUCAUACUGGAGAAAAACCUUUUGAAUGUAAUGUGUGUGGUAAGGCAUUCAGUCUGAGUAAAUGUCUCACUCGACAUCAGCGACUUCACACCGGUGAAAAGCCCUAUACAUGCAAUGAUUGUGGAAAAUCCUUCAAUCAAAACUCUUACCUCAUUAUUCAUCAGCGAAUUCACACUGGUGAGAAACCUUAUGAAUGUAAUGAGUGUGGAAAGGUCUUCACUCAUAAUUCUAGCCUUAGGGUACAUCAGAGAACCCAUACUGGGGAGAAGCCCUAUAAAUGCAAAGAUUGUGAGAAAGCCUUUCGUGAUAGCUCACAACUCACCGUGCACCAAAGAGUUCAUACUGGAGAGAAGCCCUAUGAAUGUAUUGAGUGUGGGAAAGCCUUUAGUCAGCGUUCUACUUUCAAUCACCACCAGCGAACUCACGCUGGAGAGAAGCACUCAGGUCUGGCUCGGUCUGUUUCUUAA